AUGUAUGGUCCAAGCACAAAGAAUGCUCUAGAGGCAACAAAUCGUGUCAUAAAAGAUGAAGAUACGCUAAGAGAACGAUUGGUUUUAGCAGGAUUUACAGUUGUUCUAUUUCCAAGUGUCAAUAAGUGGUCCAAAGAACGAAAUCCGGCUGGUAUCAAUUCAGAAAAGUUCGAACAUCAAUCGUCAAUCACAUUAUCACACUGGACCGAUGGAUACAAUUAG